UGUCCGCCAAUCGGAACUAAAAUGGACGUGAGUUCGUUUCGCCGGAUCGGUUCGGUUUAUGUAAUUCUAUGCUGCUUGAUUGCGGGUUUCGGCGCCACUCUCUGUCUCUACCGGUUGAUGGAGGCAAAGCCAGCGUGUCGAGAUUUCUCCUGUCCCGAUGGAACGAAGAACGUCAUCAUUCUGGGCGUCAGUUUGAAGAUCGGCAUACUGUCUGCCAUGUUUGCCGGUUUGCUGAAGGAUGGCAUUGAUGAGAGGAAAGUCUGCUCCGUUCGCGUUAACAGGGUGUUUGUCGUCGUGAGAACUCUUUCGCUAUUCAUACUGUGGACCUGCUGGGACGUUUCUCGUGAAAUUGGCCAAAACGAUGGAGACGCUUCGUCAGGUGUAGUGUUGGCCAUAAUGUCCAUGUUUUUCGGAAUGUCAUCAAUAACUGCCUUGGAGCUAUGGGUUCUCAACGGUGUGCAGCGGUACAUGAUAGAGGGUGUCCCAGAGGAGAGAAAGAAACGAAUUCCGGAAGUGGUGUACGUACAGGCUUGAAAUGGAAAUGCUGAAAGUUAGUGCCUUAUUAAUAUUUCCAUUACUGUGUGCCUUUGUAAUUAUAAUUUGUGAUUUAAAUAAAGAAACAGUGA